AUGGCAGACGAUGACAAGGCCCACACCGCGAUUUCCUUCCACGAGGCUGCUGUCACUGCCAUUGAAGCGCAGAAAGAGCGCCUCGUCCGACAGGUUACCUUACUACAAUCCAGACGUGCCUAUCAUCUGUCUGCUAUCAGGUACUACAAAGGGUUAAUUACCCUGGCUCGCCGCCUGCCGCCCGAGGUCUUGACAUACAUCUUUCAAAUUUGCGUCGACCUAGGCUAUCCCCGUACGCCGCUCAACGUCUCCGGGGUAUGUUCCGAGUGGAGGAAGGCCGCUUUGGCACCGACGCUGUGGUCAAACAUAGUCGUGGAUCCAGACAGCGAGGAAAGGAGCCUUCAGAGGAAGAUUAAAUUCCGACUGGACCGGUCAGGCCUGGCUCCUCUGUCGAUAUCGCUAUCGCUCAGCCGCUCGGCGGUAUUUAUGAAUGUGUUGGCAAUGCUAAUGCAGCACACGCACCGAUGGGCGUCGUUGUACCUGACGGCGGAGUCCUUGGAAGAAGUGGACCACUUUCUGGGGAUAUUUGGACGUGCCUCUUUCCCCCUGCUAUCAAACAUCGGGCUUAGACUGCCUUUCACCGGUGGGGAGGUGCCAUUGGGCGUCGAUCUCCAGGAACUUCCCCUCGCCUUUGGUGACGCACCCCGGCUAAACAGGUUGUCAUUCCAUGCCACCAUACCCCAGAGGGGCCUCUUGUACGAGAGCUUGUCAUCAUUGAAGAUCACAUCGCUUAUUCUCACCACGACGCCCCGUCACCACGAUGUUGAGCUCCUUCGCCUGUUUGCAAGUUUACCUCUCCUACAAACAUUGAUCUUGAAGUCAAAGAUCAGCAUUGUUGACGGAGACAUCGGAACAACCGUCGAACCGGUCCAUCUAUCCCAGCUACGCAAGCUUGACAUCACAGGGGAAAUGGAGAUGCUCAAUCUACUCCCAUUCAUCCAGACGGAGACAUUAAGUCACCUUCAUCUGCGCGCGGUGGUUCAUGUUUCCGGAGAGGAGCAAGUGCAAGACAGCCUGGCUGACUGCCUGCGCGGUUUCAUCGCUACACAAGGGCACGCAUUGGAGUAUCUCGAAUUGCACGGCUUCUAUCUUUCCGCGGUACAUAUGUCAUCGUAUUUCACUCAUCUACCCAACUUAAGGGAGCUGCAACUGCACGAUAGCGACAUCUCCGACGAGGCCAUUCGCCUGUUCAGCGGGCCGGAUGCGUGCUGCCCUAAACUAUCCAAACUAGACUUCCGUUGGUGUGGACAAGUCACUGGAAAGGCAAUGGUUUCCAUGGUCCAAAACCGCCUUCGCGGGUCCCACAAUCUACAUUCAAUCGAUGAAGUGACUCUAAUCCAUUGCUCAUUCGUCCAAGAGGCCGAUGUCUUGGAUCUAGCAGCGUUAACAAUAUGCCGAUUGGUAGGAAAACCCGAUGAUUACUGCCACUGUAUUGAAUUAAUCAUCGAUGAUGAAGGUAUCGCCAACGCCUGCAACUCCGGCAAAUGUUUGGAGUGGGCGGACGAGUUCGAAAGCUAA